UGAGCCUGAGCGGUGCAGUCGCUGGAGCCAGGAUCGCCGCGUGAAAAGUCAGGACCGCCAAUGCAGGGUCCAGACGAGGACGACUCAGGUGGCAGAACGGGGCUUGACGAAGGCGGCGAGGAUGGGCGGCAUAGGCCUCAAGCUGCCGAUGCCCAUCCUAGGUCUCAGAGUUCGGCGACUGAGGUUGACCACGACAGCUCCCCGCGUCCGAAUAGCCCACAAGAUGCCCGCAGUCAGGCCGCUCGGGGCAGCUCCGGCCGGGGAAGCCCCGCAGUGUCAGGAGUGUCAGCUGAAGAGGCCGCCAUCAUUCCCCAGGAGGAGCAGGUGCCACUUCUCCCUGGACCCAGCGGAGACGCUGCAACAACUACAAGUCGGCUCCUGGAGUUCUCUGUGAGAGUGCCUUUCUCUUCUGCUGUGGAGGCAGACAUGGCACGCAGGUCCCUGGUCGCCAACGCCCAGCGUCAACUCUUAAUGGUUCCACAGGAGUACACUGUGAACGACAGUAUCUUAGCUGUUAGGUGGACUACGGAAGACCCUCUUCUCUUCCGAAUUUCCAUCAACAACUUCCUUGAUCAACUCUCCCUGGUCAUGAGAAACAUCCAACACCUUCAGUUUGUGGCUUUUAAACGAAGAAGAGAAAGAAGUCGUAAUAACUGAUCUGUUACCUGCUACAAGACAAGACAGAAGCAUUUCAUGCUUUUGGGGAUCCAGUGAUAUCCUCUGAACACAAGUGGUGCACAAAUACCCCAUACAAAGACCCACAUGCAAAAAAUAAAAUAAAAAUUUAAUUUAAAACGUA